UAUCAAAGCUAGAAAGUAAAGAAAAGAAGAAGCAUCAAAAACACGGCAUUCCUGGUGAAAGUGAAUAAAAAUUGAUUUAAAUUAAAAAUUCUGUGACUUUUCUUUUUAAAAAAAUCCCAAAGCAUGGCUGAUGCGGCAGCACGUCAGCUGCAAUAUGAAUAUAAAGCGAAUUCAAAUUUGGUUUUGCAAGCUGAUGUACGUUUGAUUGAAAGACCGCGUCGUGAUGAGGCCACCGGUGAGGUGUGUUCGUUGGUUGGUAAAUUGGAUGGAACACGAAUGGGUGAUCGAUAUCAACGUUCAAAACCCGAAAAAACCGAAGAACGUAAAGUAAAGCGACAGAAACGUGACGAAGCUCAAUAUGAUUUCGAACGGAUGAAAGGUACCACACUUCUGUCAGAAGGUAUCGAUGAAUUGGUUGGCAUUAUUUAUCGCCCAAAAACCCAAGAGACACGUCAAACAUACGAGGUGCUAUUGAGUUUCAUUCAAGAAGCAAUUGGCGAUCAACCGCGGGACAUUUUAUGUGGUGCGGCCGAUGAAAUUUUGGGCACACUCAAAAAUGAUCGGCUCAAAGAUCGUGAGCGAAAACGUGAAAUUGACAAUUUGCUGGGCAGUGUGACCGAUGAACGAUUUGCUUUGCUGGUAAAUUUGGGAAAGAAAAUCACAGACUAUGGAUCGGAUUCGGUGAAUGCAAUGGGUACCGGUGAGGGAGGCGACCAAUUGGAUGAGACGUACGGCAUUAAUGUGCAGUUUGAAGAGUCGGAGGAUGAAAGCGACGAAGAUGUUUACGGUGAAAUUCGGGAUGAAGACGGCGAAGAUGAAGGAGAAGAAGCACGUAUUGACCACACACUACACGCUGAGAAUCUUGGCAAUACAAAUGAAGAAGGUGGCGGUCAUAAGAAGGAACGACCAUUGCAUCCGCAUGACAUUGACGCGUACUGGUUACAAAGAUGCUUGAGUAAAUACUACAAUGAUGCCAUGAUCUCGCAGGCAAAGGCCAAUGAAGUGUUGAGCAUCCUGAAGGAGACGGGCAGCGAAAGUGAAUGUGAAAGCCGUUUGGUAUUAUUGCUUGGUUACGAUAGUUUUGAUUUUAUAAAAAUUCUGAAGAAAAAUCGUGAAAUGAUUUUAUACUGUACACUAUUGGCAUCGUCACAAAGUGAAUCAGAGCGUAAGCAAAUUCGCGAAAAAAUGCGUAACGAUGGAAAUUUGGCGAAAAUUUUGCGUCAAUUGGAAACGGGUAAAAAUGAUGACGACGAAGAUGGCAGUGCAUCACGUGUACAAAAGCAUAAAACUGAUGCCGAUGAAGGCGGUGUCAAUGGAGCUGGACAAGUUUUGGGCCAACGUCAAUUGAUCGAACUUGAUGAACUGGCAUUCACACAAGGCAGCCAUUUUAUGGCGAACAAACGUUGUCAAUUGCCUGACGGUAGUUUUCGCAAACAACGCAAAGGCUAUGAAGAAGUUCAUGUGCCAGCAUUAAAACCAAAACCAUUCGAUGACACAGAGUCAUUGCAACCAAUUGAAAAGCUACCGAAAUACGUGCAACCCGUUUUUGAAGGAUUCAAAACAUUGAAUCGUAUUCAGAGCCGUCUGUGGCGUUCAGCAUUGGAAAGCGAUGAAAAUAUGCUUCUGUGCGCUCCAACUGGUGCGGGGAAAACAAAUGUCGCAUUGCUUUGUAUGAUGCGAGAAAUUGGUAAGCACAUUAAUGACGAUGGUACAAUUAACACCGAUGAAUUUAAGAUCAUUUAUGUAGCACCGAUGCGAUCGCUGGUACAGGAAAUGGUUGGUAACUUUGGCCGUCGUUUGGCAAGCUACAAUUUAACCGUUUCCGAAUUGACCGGUGAUCAUCAAUUAACACGCGAACAAAUCGCCGCCACACAAGUCAUCGUCUGUACACCAGAGAAAUGGGAUAUUAUCACACGGAAAGGUGGCGAAAAAUCAUUCACAUCACUUGUCCGCUUGGUUAUCAUCGAUGAAAUUCAUUUACUACACGACGAACGAGGUCCAGUACUUGAAGCACUUGUCGCCAGAACAAUUCGUAACAUUGAAACAACACAAGAAGAUGUACGAUUGGUUGGACUAUCGGCAACAUUGCCAAAUUAUCAAGAUGUGGCCACAUUUUUGCGCGUCAAUUUAGAGAGCGGACUCUUUUAUUUUGACAACAGUUUUCGACCGGUCGCAUUGGAACAACAGUAUAUCGGUGUUACUGAAAAGAAAGCAUUGAAACGAUUCCAAGUCAUGAAUGAAAUUGUGUAUGAGAAAAUUAUGGAACAUGCCGGUAAAAAUCAAGUACUUGUGUUUGUACAUUCGAGAAAAGAAACCGGAAAAACAGCUCGAGCUAUCCGGGAUAUGUGCUUGGAGAAAGACACACUGGGCAGCUUUUUACGCGAAGGAUCGGCCAGUAUGGAAGUUUUACGAUCGGAAGCUGAUCAAGUUAAAAAUAAUGAACUGAAGGAUUUGUUGCCGUAUGGUUUUGCCAUUCAUCAUGCUGGCAUGACUCGAGUUGAUCGUACUUUAGUCGAAGAUUUGUUCGCUGAUCGUCAUAUUCAAGUACUUGUUUCCACCGCCACACUUGCAUGGGGUGUUAAUUUACCAGCACACACGAAAAUUUAUAGCAGUAGUCGAAAUUUUACAUAG